UUUAGUGUGAUGCUCGCUCUACCAGUUAAGUUUAUCUUUACACCAAGAUUCUUUUAAGAAUCUGGGCCCAGGUUAGUUAGUCUUCUUGUGACACACAGGAUGAGCCAUAAUCACCAUAACCAAGCUAAUUUUCUCAUCAUGCCCAGUCAAAACAAAACUAGAGUCACACAUGUUCUGAGUAUCUUUUUUUUUAUUCCCUGUAAACAGCAUAUACCAUGCAACAAGAGCCAUCAAGGUGGCCCAUGUCUGACCAGUGUACAGGACAAGGCCAGGGGGUUCUAUCUCAUGUCAAUGCAACGAGAUCCAUCAAGGUGGCCCAUGUCCAACCAGUGUACAUGGGCAGAUGCUUCUCAAGGGACAGGACAAGGCCAGGGCAUCCUACCUCAUGUCAACGCACCCACCAUACAGCAGGGACUGUCAAGGCGGUUCAUACCCAAUCAGUGCGCACACAGAACUGUCCUGGAGGCACUGAGAAAGAUGGACCUGAAGAUAAAUUACCUGACAUCUCUUGUAGAAUCUCUUGUGUGUGGUCGUCGAAUUUUGCCCCCACAACAGCAAGAUGAUGAAGACUUGAAUGUCAUCCCUCUGGAUUCAGUAGAAGCCCUAGAAAAUUUAGAAGAAAGGCUUCUGAGCAAUGGACUUAAGCAAAGGAUGAUUAACAUGCUGUCACUAAGUGGUGGACAUACCAUGAAAAAGACAAUCUGGAGAAUUGCCAGCAAGGUGUUCACCCCCAACCUUGCGAAAAGCCUUAACUGGUGCGGCAGGGGAGACAAGCGAGGUCUAAAACAAACCGCAUGUGGACAAGUUAUUAUUGCUGCUGUGAUGAAAAAUCCAGUGCUGCCAGCGCCGACUGAGGCUGAAGCGGAGAACUGCUUAAAGGAUUACUUGCAGCUGGCAUUUAGUAGUUAAUUGCUAUUUUUGUUUUGUUAUUUGUGUUCAUCAUAAUUAUUAUUCUAAUGUUUAUUUAUCAUAUAUAAAAAAUUUGAUUCAUAUUUCACUUAAUUUUGUGUCAAGGAACAAUAAUAAAUAAGAA